GGACCAGCAACCGGUCCACGAACCAACGCGCCUCCGAAUUCCUCAUCAAAUCCAUCCAUGGCGCAGCAGGAGAGGCGCUUGCUCUGCGUGGCACCGCCGGGCUCGACACCAGGAGAUGAGGAGACGUUCCCGACGGUCCAGGCCGCGGUGGAUGCGGUGCCGCUGGGCAACACGGCGCGCACCGUCAUCCGCCUCGCGCCGGGGGUGUACGAGGAGCCCGUGUACAUCGCCAAGACCAAGAACUUCAUCACCCUCGCCGGCGCGUCCGCCCAGGUCACCGUCAUCACCUGGGACAACACCGCCACCCGCAUCAAGCACGCCCAGAGAUCCAGGGUUAUUGGGACAGGAACAUUUGGCUGUGGAACAGUUAUUGUAGAGGGAGAUGAUUUCAUUGCAGAGAAUAUCACGUUUGAGAACUCAGCUCCCCAGGGAUCUGGGCAAGCGGUCGCUGUACGUGUAACAGCAGAUAGGUGUGCCUUCUAUAGUUGCCAGUUCCUUGGUUGGCAAGAUACAUUAUAUUUACAUUACGGAAAACAGUACUUAAGAGACUGUUACAUUGAAGGUAAUUGUGAUUUCAUCUUCGGUAACUCGAUUGCUCUUCUGGAACAUUGCCAUAUCCAUUGCAAGUCAGCGGGAUUUAUUACUGCCCAUAGUCGGAAAUCCUCAUCAGAAUCGACUGGUUAUGUAUUCUUAAGGUGUAUUAUUACUGGGAAUGGAGAAGCUGGAUACAUAUUCCUGGGUCGGCCAUGGGGGCCCUUUGGGAGGGUUGUAUUUGCACACACUUUUAUGGAUCGUUGCAUAAAGCCCACUGGGUGGCAUAAUUGGGACAAAUCUGAGAAUGAAAGAACCGCUUGUUUCUAUGAGUACAGGUGCUCAGGGCCUGGUUCCCAAUCAUCGAACAGAGUUGCUUGGUGUAGACAAUUGCUUGAUUUGGAAGCAGAGCAGUUCCUUGCACACUCUUUCGUCGAUCCGGACCUUGAUAGGCCAUGGCUUCUCCAGAUGAUGGCGAUAAGGAUACCGGCUUCAGCAUAGUCUUUGAUCCUAGGAUCCUUGUUCAAACCACCUUCAUAGCCUACAUAAAAUAAAUUUAGGUGGUCAGUUUAGUAUGGCCUUUGCUUUGCGGGAGGGCCGGGUGCAUAGGCACCCUUUAUUUGAAAUGUAUUAUAUUAAAAAAAGUCAAAAAAUAUAAAACAAAAUGUCUUGUGUAUAUCUUGACAUGUUACAUGGUUAUAAAGUUGUUUCAACAAAAACCGACAUGUUUUGUGUCUUGUGUAAAAAGACAAAUUUUGGUGCUAAAAUAAUCUAUUUCUC